GCUUAUCUGUGGGUAAUGUUUUUAAUCUCCUAUUUUUGCUUUGCCCUUACCACUGAUAUUGCUGUUAGAAUUGUGUAUAUAUGUACGUGUAUAUAUAAUAUUAUAAAUAUAUACUUAAUUACAUAUGAUGAGUGUGAUCGCUAGCAAUUGAUAUACAGAUGAUAGAGACAGCUUCACUUUUGAAUAUUGAAAUCAUAAUAAAAGCGGUACGUGUAUAUAUAAUAUUAUAUAUAUAUACUUAAUUACAUAUGAUGAUUGUGAUCGCUAGCAAUUGAUAUACAGAUGAUAGAGAGAGCUUCACUUUCGAAUAUUGAAAUUUCAUAAUAAAAGCGGGAAUUAUGGACCUGUCGAUUUGCCCCUUUUGUCAUCUUACAGUUCCGUUCCUCGAACUAGAAAGGCAUGCGAACAAUCACUUCGAUGAUGAGGAACUCGAGAGGGACAUGGAAUUGGCGCAGGCAAUUGCAUUUGCCCCAUCAAGUCCACCUCUAACUGUGAAUAAUCAGUUGAAUGAGGACAUGCAAUGUGAAACCAGUACUCAAAAGAACCGUAAAAGUGAUAUGUUAAGGAAUGAUGGCAAGACCAAUAUUGAUGGAGAAACUCGCAUUCAUGAAAAGAUUUGUUGCUUAAAUAGUUUACAGAUUAGGGCAGCCUUCUACAAAGUUGAUGAUGGUUUGAUAGCCUUGUUGAGGAGGUGUUUGGAAUUAGAUUCUGAAAACUCAACUAGUAUAUUAUCAGGCAAUGUUGAUCAUUUUCAGAGCAUUGAAGAGGACAUUGGUUGGGGCUGUGGAUGGCGUAACAUCCAGAUGCUUUCCUCACACUUGCUUAUGCAACGAAAAGAUGUGAGGGAGGUACUGUUUGGUGGUUCGGAAUUCGUUCCUGACAUUCCAUCACUCCAGAGAUGGCUUGAAAUUGCUUGGGAAAAGGAUUUUGAUAUACUUGGCUCGAAUCAUUUUGGCCACAAGAUUUAUGGCAAAACAAAGUGGAUUGGAACUACUGAAUGUGCCACACUUUUUCGUUCUUUUGGGCUUCGUGCCAGGAUAGUGGAUUUUGGUGUUAAGGAAACUAAAACAAUAUCCUCUACUCCCAGUUUAGGCAAUGGAGGCAAGAGGAAGGCAGUGCAGGUAUAUGGACCAAUGGACAGAUUUCUGAAUAGAGGGGAUCACCAUAUUCCCCAAAAGGGUUCCAGUGGGCAUGAAAACUCCAGAUAUUCUAGUUUCCAACUUGGGAAUGAUCCGGGUACUUCAGUCAGCAGAAGUAAUGAUAACCUGGAAAAUAGUGACAAUACUAACAAUUGUUUUACAAAGUCGGCCAAGGGUCAGCAGGUUCUCAUUGAUUGGGUGUGGAAUUACUUCUCUGACAGUAAGAUCACUAAAUCAGGCAAUCCUCGUGUUAUUGUCAGUGAGAAAAUGCCCUUGUACUUCCAGCAUGAUGGGCAUUCAAGGACAGUUGUUGGGAUUCAAGCCAAACGUCAGCGGAAAGGGAUGCAGCAAUACAAUCUGUUAAUCUUAGAUCCUUCUCAUAGAACAGCAACUCUGGAAAAAUCUCUCAAAGGAAGUGUUGGAUGGCAAAAGUUAAUAAAAAGAGGUGUUCACACACUGAAGAAGCCGCAGUACCAGAUAUGCUAUAUUGAACCUGGAAUUGCCUGUGGGGAGGAGAUGGAACAGCUCAAGACCUUAGACAGCGUGUUUCUCGAAUUUUAGAUGAUAUUUUGAACAACUGCAUUUUCCCAAGAAUCCUAUAUCAAGCUUUAAGAUACUGGAAAGAGCUGCUGCAAAAGAGUGAAUGGCAGUCCUACAAGCUCGGACUUUUUCUGGCCAAAUGAGAUUUUAAUGGGUGUUCUUCCUCUCUGUUCCUCUAAAUCGACUCAGAUGCAGGUCCAAAUGGUGUUCUCAUUGCGGACUUCUAUGCACUUUUAAGAAGAGAUUAGGAGAGCAGGAUUAUUCACACCCGUGGAGAGGAUAACCGUGGUGAUCUGAUGGGUGAUGGCCUUGCUGAGUUGAGUCAUAGCCUUUCUGUUACACUCUAUGUUCAGCUCUCCACCAGCCCAAAUUAUCGACCUGCUUGACGGAAACUUGAACCCUCUUCCCCAGCGCUCUUCCUGCAGUUACUUUUUUUCCGACCCAUGCAGCACAGAAUACAAACAAGCUUCUUCUGAACUCCCUUUCUAUGGUUUAGGAGAACAGUCUCCAGUUUUUUAGUUUAUAUCAUGUUAAAGGCUGGUAAUUGUCCUUAAAGAUACCAGUGGGCCAUUAGCCCAGGUGGUAUAACCUUUUCUCCCUCAAAGGGGAGGUGAGGGGUUUGAGCCCCAUAUGGGCUCUUGUGGGUGUGUGUGAGUAUUUUUAUAUCCAGAUGUAUUUGAAGCAUUGAGGCUACAGCAUAGAUUAUUGCGUAGGUGUCUGUGCCAAAAAGUUACAUUUGAUGAGAUGUUGGAUAUGUAGUUGAAACAAAUAAAUGACACUGAAUUUCUACAGGAAAUCUGCUAGAAUACUAAAACUAGCUUUCGUUUUCUAAAACGUGAAACUAGUUCCACUUUCCACUCUUUUGGUAAAUGACAAGAAGUAAUUUGA